UGCGCGCCGUGUCCGCCGCCUCUGCCCGUCCCGCACCGGGAACUCCGGUUCCAGCGUCGUGUUCGCCAUCAAACAGCUGUUACCGAUGGAGACUUAGCCUCCCGGGAAGGGCGCCUCCCACCCUCGGCGUCUCCCGGCCCAGCUCCGGGCGCUGGAGCCUCCCUCCUCCUCCUCCUCCCUCCUCCCUCCUCCCCCGCAGACCCGUGUCCACAGAACCCACGGCUUCCCCCGGCACCUGGCCAGCCCACCUGUGGCACCACGUGCGGGUUCUGCGGGAGAGCUGCCGCCUGGUCCAUGGAGAGUCCAGGACAAAAACGACAGUCCGGGCACGGGAGCUCCAACGCGGCCCGAGCCAGCGUGGCCUCCUCCGCCCACAGCCUUCAGAUCCCGAGCCGGGGCGGCGGGGCGAAGGGGGUCUCCAUCAGCUCAGGCGGCAGACGGAGUCAGCACAGCCCCUGCGCUCCCUGGGCAGCCUCCUGUCUCCCUCACUCGGCCCCUGAGCUGCAGGCCCUUCCCCCGCUGAACUCAGUCAUCGGCCUCACCGGACAGUGGACAGUGGACAGUGCCGCGGGCAGUGGCUCCGGCCUCCGCACGGAGUCGCCAAUGCAGUGAUGCAUCUGCCCAUUUCUUCAGCGCAAACCUUUUUUCCUGGUAUUACUUUCAGCCUCCAAUUUCCACUGCCAUGUGUUUGAAUCCUGAUGGUGGCAUCGUCCACCUUGUUACCCUACCGGCCGGCCAGUCACCUGCACAGGCGGUGAGGGGCUGAGGACAGCGGGACAGGCCCCUUUGCUGUGCGCCUCUGGGAGCCUGUGCCCCGCAGACGGCCCUGACUUUGGGAGCCCAGUUUUGGAGCCUGGCCCUGACCCCUGCCAGCUUCGUGACCUUGAGAAACUUCUCCAUGUUAAUGACAUUAGGCAGACGCCCCAUGUGAAGAGGGGAAGGGGCGCCAUCCAGGUGCCGGGGAGCACGGUCAGCAUCCCGUGGACAGGCGUUUCCCAAGAUGCUGCUGAGGUAGCCUCCGGGCCGGUCACGGUCACGGCGUCCGCGCAGCAUGGGCUGCAUGAAGUCCAAGCAGACCUUCCCCUUCCCCACCACCAUCGAGAGGUGUGAGCCGCGGGUGCCGACGCCCGUCACCCAGGACGUGGAGGACGUGGAGGACGUGGAGGAGGUGGAGGGCGUGGAGGAGGAGGUGGAGGUGGAGGAGGUGCAGGCGGUGGAGGAGGUGCAGGCGGUGGAGGAGGCGGAGGAGCCCGCACAGCCCGCAGAGCCCAAAGUCGUGGUGUCCAAGUUCGCGCACCGCCUGUCGCAGGAGAUCCUGAGCGGCGCCCUGCAGCAGUGGGCGGACAGCAACGCCAAGUACGCGGACAUCCCGUUCAUCGAGAGCGACGGCCUCGGCGUGGCCCAGCGGUGACGCAGCGGGGCUGCGGGCAGAGUCGGUGCUAGUUCACAUACAUGAAACAGAAGCAAAACGUCGUAUGAAUAAACACAUGUGACUCCUUCUAAUGUAAAGGCCAGUCUAUGACAGUCGCCACAGGAUAGGCCCCAGGUGAAAUGUGUCUGCAGCAGGUGCUCCCUGUGGUGGGAGUUCAGCGGAGAGGGCGAGCCACAGGCCUGUGGUCCCGCCGCCAUCAGGGUGCCACGGCGCAGCACUGUGCCCGAGACAGGACAGCAGCGCCAUCAAUAAAAACGCAAUAGUGCCCAAGGCUCCAAGCGGCCUAGAGACACCCCUGAACUAACUAGUACCUGUUGCUCCUUUACACUGAAACCCCACGGCAUGGAGAGGAUUUUUCGGGAAAUGCCGUGGCAGUGGUGGUGCUCGAGCCACAGGGAUUCGCAGUGGGUUCUGUUUGUCAGAACCAUGUGCGUCCAGGAUCCCCAUCUCCUACCCCAAUGGCCCCGCUUUAGGAAUCAGCUCUGAGGAGAGAGCCCCUGGGAGCCUGUCCUUUGGACACGUCCGCUGCCCUGGCCGGGGCUCGGGGGGUGGGAGUGGGGUCCGUACACCCAAAGGCUGUGGCUUGAUUCCCGUCAGGGUCCAUACCGAGGUUGUGGGUUCAAUCCCUGAUCGGGGCAACCAAUCGAUGUUUCUCUCUUCCCCUUCCUCUCUCUCUCAAAACAAUAAAAACAUCCUGGAGUGAGGGUUAGAGAGACAAGAGUGUUAUGCUUUCAUCUGUGACAUGUUCCGCCUUGAACCUCAGGACCCUCGGCACCGCCCUGAGCAGAUGACCCAGACUCUCCGUGGAAGGCACUUCCUAAGGCAGUUGAUGGAGUCCUGGCAGUAACGUUCAGUACAGGAACCAAGCCCCGGGGACAGAACCAGCUGGGUGCCGGUAGGAACAGCGACCGGCCACGGCAGGGCCUGGGCGUGGUGCUGAGCCUGCGCCAGGCUUUGCUCCCAGCGAGGUGCAGGGCUCGAGGCUGCUGCUUAUUGUGACACUGUCCUAGGGCAUUUACCGCCAUACACGGUGCUGUUCUCAUAAAGCUGACUUUCCAGGAAGCUUUUUAAAAGGAAUCUAGGACCGUUUGAGAU